UGGCCACAAUGGAGAACGUGAUAGUAGACGGUAGUGCUAUCAUCGGCGACGCGGUCUGCAAAUAAAUACAGUAAACAAAAAUAUUUGCGUACCUACCGCACAGCCAUGCCGAAAUACUAUUGCGAUUAUUGCGACACGUACCUGACGCACGAUUCGCCAUCGGUGAGGAAGACCCACUGCCAGGGCCGCAAGCACAAGGAUAACGUCAAGUUCUAUUAUCAGAAGUGGAUGGAGGAACAGGCGCAGAACCUGAUCGAUGCCACGACAGCUGCAUACAAAGCUGGUAAGAUCGGCAUGAAGGGAGUGUGCAUACCACCACCGAACAUGGGCCAAGCGGCGCCACAAAUGCCCAUGCCACCUGGUUCCAUCAUGCCGCCCGGACAGAUGCCCAUGGGCGCACCCCCAAUGAUGUCCAUGCCACCAAUGAUGCGACCACCCAUGGGACAGAUGCCGAUGGGGGCGCCGCCGCCAAUGAUGCCCCCGAUGCCACCAAAUAUGAGACCGCCCAUGAUGGCCAAUCCACCUCCUAACGUCCAAGCUCAACAAUAAAAUAAGUACACAAACUUGUUGGUCCGCAUUAACAAGACAGUCAUUAAAUGUUAUACAAUGUAUAUUGAAUAUUCCCACCUUGAUUCUUAUCAUUAUCUACAUAAAAAAAUGUUAAUAGUAUUCAAUAUCAAUUAAUAGGUAACUAAAAUAUGUACUAACAAUAUUUAGUAUAGAUUAUGGACUAUAAAUAUAGACAUCUUUAAUUUGGAUAGUUUGGUUUGAUUAUAGCCUAUUUGUAUGGUUAUAUGAGUGAAAUAUUGU